AUCUAUUUUCCUUGAGGUACUUGUAUGAUUGUCGUCGUUGACACAGGUUGAUGGCAGAAGUGUUUGGUCUCAUUGCAGCUGGACGAGCGCCCUCACAAUUUGCACAAGUGGGUGAAAGAGAAUUCCUGUGUGAAGUUGGGGAUGCUGCAAAUGUAAAUCAUGUAGUCGUCUUUAUGACCGGUUUGCAGAAUUUUCCGGAAGGUUUAGGAAGUUCAGUAUAUGUGCGAUGGCCUACACCGGACGGACAAGAUGCCGGCUGGCACUAUCUAGGUUUUUUAUGUAAUGCGAAACCAAGCGUGAUAUUCAAAAUUGCUCAGCUACAUCUGUCAGAAGUACGUCACACUGGUGUUUUCGGUGGUGCUAUGAGCUCCGGAACGAUGGGAUCAGUGCAAGUUGGCCUUAUGGUGGAGCCCCUUACCGUUAUAGAGGGACGAGCAGCAGCGGAAGGGACGCAGAUUAGUCAGCAGUCGACAUUGGCGGAAUUUGCCGAAACGAUGCUAAGGAACUUGGUAAAUCAUGCGGAGUCGUACGCGACCAGGCUCAGUAGGCCAGAUGGUCAAGGAUAUGCUGAUUACAUACCAGUUUCUGCGCUUCAGGAAUGGUAUAACAAUUUUCGCCGUCGCUUUGAACAAAACCCAUAUUUCUGGAGGUCUCUUCGCAGUGUGUAGAUUUCUGUCUUCGAAUUCUUUCCAACGUUCUUUCGCUUGUAUAUUGCACUCCUACCCUUUCCAAAGAUUUAUGUCAUUGUCAUAGGUUUUGAAGGUUGUGUUCGUUUUGAUGUUGUUGAAACUAAAUCUGGACAAAAUUAGUUAAUCAUCUCAUGGGAAAGUACAUGAAAGCCUGAAGCGUGAGCGAUUAUCAUGCUUGGACUUCUGCGCCUGAUAAACUGAAAAUUCGUGUCCUGGCAAUCUGGGUACUUUUGUUGCUUAUGUGCAGA